AUGUCGUCGUCGAGCGAGUCGGACGACUCGGGCAUGUUCGCCGACCUCACCUUCUUCAUCCACGGCCAGUGGGCCGGCCGCACCUACGCCCGCGUCGCUCGCCUCGUCAAGGACAACGGCGGCCGCGUCGUCAAGGACGUGGGCGACAUCGACCUGUCGCACGCCAUCGUCUCGGGCCAGCUGUGGUCGCGGCAGGGCACUGUCAGCGCCGACCUGACGAUUCGCGCCAUCAUUGCCGCCAACGAGGACAACCGCAGCGAGGAGAACGAGAACCAGAACCGCGUGUGGCUCCUCCCGCUCGAGUGGCUCGAGACGUCGGUCGAGGAGGGCCGCAAGCUGAGCGAGGUCGAGCACGACUUUGAGCGCACGGCCGACGUGCGAGCGGCAGAGAGGGCCAAGCAGAUUCGCGAGGAGACCAAGGCGCUCGGCGGCAAGAGCAGGUUCGCACGCGGCGAGCGCAAGCGCUACGAGCGCGAGCAGGCGUUCAAGAAGGAGGUCGCGCUGCAGGCCAAGAUGGACAAGGACGGCGUCACGUCGGGUCUCGACGCCUUCAGCGGUAUCUCGCCCGACCCGACCUCGACCUCGACCAACGCCGUCAAGCCGCAGCCGACCGCCGCUGUCGCGUUCUACAAGCAGGACGACUUCAAGCCCAAGAGCAACAGCAAGGCGUCGACGUCGGCGGGCGACAACCCGGACGCGGCACUCGCGGCCGCGCUUCGCAAGAAGAAGGCCAAGGCGGCAGCCGCAGCUGCGCGCGACGACUCGAAGCCGCUCAAGCCGACGUCGGGCUCGAAACCGACCGACACUGGCAACAAGAAGCUCAAGCUCAAGCGCAAGCGCUCGUCGGCGCCCAAGAUCCCCGUCAUCCGCGACGACUCGUCGGACGAGGACCUGCCCGUCGUCGUCGUUGCCGACAAGCGUCGCUCGAGCGACUCGGGCCCGUCGGUCGUCGAGAAGAAGAAGCGCGAGGUCAUCGUCGUCGACACCGAGACGGACAGCGACGACGUGCACCAGGUCCCGGCCAAGAAGAAGAAGACGGCGCCGCUGCGCGAGGUGAGCCCCGAGCUGUGA